AUGGAACCUUCGACGCCACCAGUCUCGCCGGAAACAAAGAAAGCUGAUGACGCUACUAGCCCAUCUGAAAAAUCGAAACCAGCGAUUAGCCUGGAAAAAGUUACGCUACCAGAUGAAACCGAUAGGAUUUCAAUUGUGACCGUACAACCUCCUAGCCCUGAGGUUCUCAGUGACCGAUCAGAACAGGAAGUCUUCACACAGCAAAUAAAGAUAUCCCCGCACGAGAUGCAUACUGAAGCAACUCAGGUUAAGGAAGAAUCUUUAGUUUCUAAGAAAAUUGAUACUCUCGAAUCAAGUGAAUUUUCACAUAGUGUUGACCAUGAAGUUUCAACAGAAAAGGAUGGGAUAGUUGACGUGUUAGUAUCUGGCAUAAAAGAUAUAGGCCACAUUAUUAAAGAAUCGUUGGUCGAUGGCAUUCAUGAAAUAAUCAAAGAUGAUACUAAAACUGAUGACGAAAAAAUUACAGCUGCGUCAGAGAAAGUAUCAAGUCCUGCGCCUUCAGAGAAAGCCUUGGAAACAGCGCCAAGCCCAACUUUAUCAGAAAAGGCGCCUUCAGAAAGAGCAGCUAGUUUAGUUCCAUCAGAAAAGGCGCAUAGCCCGACACCAUCUGAUACUGCAAUAAGUCCAACACCUUCAGAAAAAGCAACAUCUGAAAAGGCACCAAGCCCAGCACCAUCUGACAAGGCUCCUUCUGAGAAAGCAGCUAGCCCUGCUCCAUCUGACAAAGCUCCCUCAGAGAAGGCACCUAGCCCGGCACCAUCUGACAAGUCUCCCUCUGAGAAGGCACCUAGCCCGGUACCAGCUGAGAAGGCUCCUUCAGAGAAGGCACCUAGCCCAGCGCCAUCUGACAAAUCUUCCUCUGAAAAGGCACCUAGCCCGGCGCUAUCUGACAAGGCGCCUUCUGAAAAGGCACAUAGCCCGACUCCAUCUGAUAACGUGUUGAGCCCAGUACCAUCUGAGAAGGCUCCUUCUGAAAAGGUCCCUAGCCCUGCUCCAUCUGACAAGGCUCCCUCAGAGAAGGCACCCAGUCCAACGCCAUCUGAGAAAGCUCCCUCUGAGAAGGCACCUAGCCCAGCACCGUCUGAGAAGGCACCUAGCCAAGAACCGUCUGAGAGGGCACUUAGCCCCACACCAUCUGACAAGGCUCCCUCUGAGAAGGGACCUAGCCCGGUACCGUCUGACAAGGCGCCUUCUGAGAAAGCACAUAGCCCAACGCCAUCAGAGAAAGCUCCCUCUGAGAAGACCUCAAGCCCAUCACCAUCUGACAAGGCACCCUCUGAGAAGGCACAUAGCCCAACGCCAUCUGACAAGGCUCCUUCUGAGAAGGCAGCUAGCCCUGCUCCAUCUGACAAGGCUCCCUCAGAGAAGGCACCUAGCCCGGCACCAUCUGACAAGGCGCCUUCUGAAAAGGCACAUAGCCCGACCCCAUCUGAUAAGGCUCCUUCAGAAAACGCACUUAGUCCAGUACCUUCUGCUCCAUCAGAUACGGCUCCCUCAGAGAAGGCACCCAGUCCAACGCCAUCUGAGAAAGCUCCCUCUGAGAAGGCACCUAGCCCAGCACCGUCUGAGAAGGCACCUAGCCCAACACCAUCUGACAAGGCUCCCUCUGAGAAGGCACCAAGUCCAGUACUGUCUGAGGAGGCACAUAGCCCAACACCAUCUGACAAGGCUCCGUCUGAGAAGGCACCAAGCCCAGUACCGUCUGACGAGGCUCCAUCUGAGAAGGCCCCUAGACAGGCAUCAUCUGACAAGGCUCCCUCUGAGAAGGCCCCUAGCCAGGCACCAUCUGAGAAGGCUCCAAGCCCAUUACCGUCUGACAUGGCUCCCUCUGAACAUGCCCCUAGCCCUGCUCCAUCUGACAAGGCUCCCUCUGAGAAGGCACCCAGCCCAACGCCAUCUGAGAAAGCUCCCUCUGAGAAGGCAGCUAGCCCUACUCCAUCUGACAAGGCGCCUUCUGAAAAGGCACAUAGCCCGACCCCAUCUGACAAGCUAUUGAGCCCAGUGCCAUCUGAAAAGGCUCCUUCGAAAAAAGCACUUAGUCCUGUACCUUCUGACAAAGCUCCCUCUGAAAAGGCCCCUAGCCCUGCUCCAUCUGACAAGGCUCCCUCAGAGAAGGCACCAAGUCCAACGCCAUCUGAGAAAGCUCCCUCUGAGAAGGCACCUAGCCCAGCACCGUCUGAGAAGGCACCUAGCCCCACACCAUCUGACAAGGCUCCCUCUGAAAAGGCACCCAGCCCAACACCAUCUGAUAAGGCUCCCUCUGAGAAAGCACCUAUCCCGGCACCAUCUGACAAGGCGCCUUCUGAAAAGGCACCUAGCCCAACACCAUCUGAAAAGCCUGUAAGCGCAGCGCCUACAGAAAAAGUCUAUGGCAAAUCACCUAGUCCUAUUCCUGCUGAAAAGCCAACCAGCUUACCUCUAGUCGAUGUAAUUUGUACUGAAACAACGGAACAUGGCAAACUACUAACUCAAAUUUCUGACGAAACGCCAUUUGAGAAACCGAUCAGCCCACUUGUAUCUGAAAAGGCAAAGAUCUGUAGCCCAAUGCCAUUUGAUAAGGUACCUUCUGAAGACGCACCUAGUCCAUGCGGUAGCCCUGAGCCAUCUGAGAUUUCUACCAAUUCAAGUUUAAUAGAGAAACGCACUUCUGUGACAUUAGAAAAGGCUGCUACAGAGAAAGUGGUCAGUCUAGUGCCAUCUGACAAGGUUCCCUUAGAGAAAGCAGUGAGCCCUGCACCAUCAGAUAAGGUUCCAUCGGAGAAGGAACCUAGCCCUGCUGCAUCUGACAAGGCUCAUUCCGAGAAGGUCCCUAAACCAGUACUGUCUGAGAAGGCUCCUUCAGAAAAGGCAUCAAGCCCUACGCCAUCAGACAAAGCUCCUUCAGAGAAAGCUCUUAGUCCAGUACCAUCUAAGAAGGCCCCAUCUGACAAAACGCCUAGCCCAGCACCAUCUGACAAGGCUCCUUCAGAGAAGGCAACAAGCCCAGUGACAUCUGACAAGGCACCAAGCCCUGUACCAUGUGACAAGGCUUCUUCAGAGAAAGCACAUAGUGCUACACCUUCUGAUAAAGUAUUUAGCCCAGCUCCAUCUGACAAGGUUUCCUCGGAAAAGGCACCUAGCCCAGUACCUUCUGACAAAGCUUCUUCAGACAAGGUACCAAGCCCAGUGCCGUCUGACAAAGCUCCUUCAGAGAAGGCACCCUUGGAGAAAGCAGUGAGCCUAUCUCCAUCUGACAAGGCUCCUUCGGAGAAGGCACCUAGCCCAGUACCAUCUGACAAAGCUCCCUCAGAAAAGGCACCAAGCCCUGUACCAUCUGACAAAGCUCCUUCGGAGAAGGCAGCCAGCCCAGUGCCUUCCGAUAAGGCGCUAAGCCCUACACCAUCAGACAAGGAACCCUCAGUGCAGGCACCUAGCCCUGCACCCUCAGACAUGGCCCCCUCAGAGAAGGCUACUAGCCCAGUACCGUCAGAAAAAGCAUCCAGUCCAGUACCAUCAGACAAGGCUCCUUCUGAGAAAGCUGCAAGUCCUGUACCAUCUGAAAAAGCUCCUUCGGAGAAAGCACCAAGCCCGACACCCUCAGACAAAGCUUCCUCAGAGAAGGCUCCUAGCCCAAUACCAUCGGCACCAUCUUUAAGAGCUGCAAGCUUAGUUGCAUCGGAAAAACCUCGACCUGAGAAAGGCCUUAGCCCAGUACCUUCUGAUAAAGAAUCUGAAAAGGCAUUAAGCCCUACACCGUCAGAAAAAGAAUCUUCCGAAAAAGCACUGAGCCCAGUACCAUCAGACAAGGCUCCUUCUGAGAAAGCUACAAGCCCUGUUCCAUCUGAAAAAGCUCCUUCGGAGAAGGCACCCAGCCCUACACUGUCAGACAAGGCCCCUUCAGAGAAGAUAACUAGCCCAGUAUCAUCUGAAAAAGCGUCCAGUCCAGUACCAUCAGACAAGGCUCCUUCUGAGAAAGCUACAAGCCCUGCACCCUCAGACAAGGCCCCCUCAGAGAAGGCUACCAGCCCAGUACCGUCAGAAAGAACAUCCAGUCCAGUACCAUCAGACAAGGCUCCUUCUGAGAAAGCUGCAAGUCCUGUACCAUCUGAAAAAGCUCCUUCGGAGAAAGCACCAAGCCCUACACCUUCAGACAAAGCUUCCUCAGAGAAGGCUCCUAGCCCAAUACCAUCGGCACCAUCUUCAAGGGCUGCAAGUUUAGUUCCAUCGGAAAAAGCUCCAUCUGAGAAAGGCCUCAGCCCAGUACCUUCUGAUAAAGAAUCUGAAAAGGCACUAAGCCCUACACCGUCAGAAAAAGAACCUUCGGAAAAGGCACUCAGCCCAGUACCAUCAGACAACGCUCCUUCUGAGAAAGCUACAAGCCCUGUACCAUCUGACAAAGCUCCUUCAGAGAAGGCAUCAAGCCCUGUUCCAUCUGAAAAGGCUCCUUCAGAGAAGGCACCCAGCCCUACACCCUCAGACAAGGCCCCCUCAGAGAAGGCUACUAGCCCCGUACCAUUGGAAAAAGCGUCCAGUCCAGUACCAUCAGCAACAUCUUCAAGAGCUGCAAGUUUAGUUCCAUCGGAAAAGGCUCCAUCUCAGAAGGGCCUUAGCCCAAUACCUUCCGACAAAGAAUCUGAAAAGGCACUAAGUCCUACACCCUCAGACAAGGCUCUGUCAGAGAAGGCACCAAGCCCAGUACCUUCUGACAACGCUCACAGCCCAGUCCCACCUGCACAUAAAGGACCUGAAAAGGCCACUAGCCCUACACCACCUGAGAAGGCCUCGGAAAAGGCGCCAAGCCCUGUUCCAUCUGACAAGGCAGUUAGCCCUGUGCCUUCUGAUAAAGCUCCUCCAGAAAAAGCACAUUCUGAGAAGGCAUCAAGUCCACGCCGUCAGAAAGAGUGCCUUCAGAGAAAGGACUAAGUCCUGUGCCAUCAGAAAAAGCGCGCUUAGCCCAGUACCAUCAGACAAGGCUCCCUCGAGAGAAAGCAUCAAGCCCAGUACCUUCUGACAAAGCUACUAGUCCAACUCCAUCGGAAAAAAUGCCAACUUCAAGAGCUGGUAGCUUGAUCCCAUCAGAAAAGGGCCCAAGCCCCAUUCCAUCUGAAAAAGCACCUUCAGAAAAGGCACUGAGUCCUAACCUAUCUGAUAAAAGCUCCAUCUGAGAUAGCAAUUAGCCCUGCACCGUCCGACAAGGUUCUCUAGUCCAACACCUUCAACUAAAUCAGACAUACCUGUUGAAGAGACUAUUUGCCCUAAUGCUAGCGUGGAAAAACUGGAAGGUAUCGUAUCCAGUGCAGUGAUACAAGAACUAGUCGAUCCAACUCUUGAAAAGUUGAUUGCAGAUAUUGUUAAGCCAGAAGGUAAGAUCACUGAUAAGGCCGCUGAGAAAGCGACUAGUUCUGUACCGUCCGACAAGGUACCUAGUCCAGCUCCGUCAGAUAAGGCACCAAGCCCUACUUCAUCAGAGAAAUUACCAUCCUGAACGAGCAAUCAACCUAGUUCCUUCAGAAAAAGCGCUUAGCCCAAUACCAUCUGAUAAAGCAGCUAGCCCAGCACCAUCUGAUAAGGCUCAUCAUGACGAAGGCA